UCCAUCAACAGCGCCUACCACCUGCCAACGCUACUCGUGAUAUCAUCCCCGCACAGAGGUGGGUGCGCUGCCGCUCCGCCGCUGCACAAAACUCGUUCAUGGCCAAACCUCUCCCUCUCCUCCAGACCACGCCAAACCACCAAAAUUUCCUCACCAAACCUUCACCAAAAAAAUCGAACUCCCAAGCACAAAUCAUCUCGAGUCGCUCGAAUCCCAGAUCAAACCCAAACGCGCAGCUCAAAUCAUACACCAUAGUCGCCCAAAAAUUCGAAACCGAAGCUGCCAGGGCAGAUCACCAUCUGACCACGAUGCCACCAGAAUGCCACGCCCAGACUCGUGCCACCCAUCACUCCUGCUCCGUCUCCAUGGACGCGCACCGCCGCGGCCACCAUCAGCGACCACAAAAUCGAGACGGCAACCGCACGAGCCCGAGCCCGCUCCCACGACGAAGACGACGACUCCCAUCUAACGACCCUCCCUAUCCGAUCCACUCCCCCGAAUCGCACGAGGAAACCUCGGAAAAAACGCAUCUCCCACACCACCGAGCCGCGCUCCCUUCCCUAUUCCCCCUGGUACUUGGGAAGCCCAUUAGAACACACAAAGAACAAGAACCGGAGCGCGGAGAAGAAGAGAGCAAAAAAAAAAAAAUCCCCAAAAUCCCAGGACGAUUCCUCUUCGUCAGCAUCUGGCCAUCCCAUCCAGGGUCGUUUGCGGUUCGCUUUCCGCCGCCUCCGCGAGGGAUCGGGAGGGGAGAGGAGCUUCCCAAUUCACCGAAUUCGCGCGGCAGGCGGGUAGGGUUAGGGUUUGCCGAGGUGGUUCGGGCCCCCACGAUUCGGGGGGGCGGUCUAGCGGCCUAUCCGGCGGUCCGGGAUGAUUUUCAAGCGGAACCAGCGGUCGGAGAUCCUCGCCCUGCGGCGCUGCAAUGCCGCGGGCGGCGGAGGGGAGGACGAAGGGGGAGGCGACCCCCGCCCGAGGAAGAGGCGGAGGGGCGACGAGUUCUUCCCCGUCGAGCUGCUCGGCCACGUCCCGGCCUCCGGCAUCCCGUACGCAGCAUGUGGGUUCCGGUGGAGCGAGGAGCCCGAGGCACCGGCAGAAGCCGCGCAGCCGGCGGCCGCGGCGAGGCCGCCGGUGGUGCGCACGUCGCGAGGCCGCACCCAGGUAUUGCCCUCCAGGUUCAAUGACUCUGUUCUUAUCGACCCCUGGAAGAAGGAGAAGCCGGCAAAGCCGCCGGCGCCUGUCAAGACAGAGCAGCUGGUGCGCAAAAACGGGGUGCUGCACGAUAGAGGUGCAAUCUCUUACAGGAGCUAUGCAUUGUUCGAGCUGGAUGAUGACGAUGAUGCUGAGGCCAUUGUGGCUCCUUACCAAGCGCGCCGGAAUUUCGGUGGCUCCAGGAAGUACUUAGCCUCCCGCAGCACGCUUACCUCGGUACACGAUGAACCGUACAGCAAUUACCACAGAAAGGAAGUAAUGCUUAGGCAUUACUACGAGGAAGAUGAUGAGGAAGAUGAGGAGGAUGAGGAAGAAGAGGAUGAAGAGUAUGAGGAAGAAGAGAAGGAAGAGAUUUUUCACUGUACAGAAGGGUUUGUGUAUGGGGACAUUGUCUGGGCAAAGCUUGGCAAGCGGCAACCGAUGUGGCCAGGAGUGGUGGUCGACCCAACUCAGGAGGUCGCUGCCGAGGCAAUGCCACCACAGCCUCGUGGUGUCUCUGUGCUUUGUGUGAUGCUAUUUGGCUGGCGCACAGAGUUCAGUGAUGAUGAGAAGAAGUAUGUUUGGGUGAGGCAAGGGUUGAUAUUUCCAUUUGUUGACUACAUGGACCGAUUUCAAGGGCAGACAGAACUAAGCAGUUGCAAACCUGCUGAUUUCCAGAGGGCGGUAGAAGAGGCCUUUUUGGCUGAUCAGGGAUUCGCUGAAGUUUUGAUGGAUUGCAGCACCAAGGGCCAGCCUGUGGUGUGUCACUCUUUUCCAGAUGAUUUACAUGAAGUGACUGGCUCAAAUGAGUUGGAGUACCAACCACAGAUUAAGCAAUACAGAAGAGCACUGCAGUGUGAGAGUUGUGGAAAUUGCUUUCCAAAUAAGGAUUCAAACAAAAUGGUGUAUGUGAUGGAGCAACUUGCUUGCAGACUUUGUGCCAUGAUCUUGAGAUCAAAAAAGUACUGUGGAAUUUGUUUGAAAAGUUCGCAACAUAAAUGUGGUGGAAGAUGGGUUUGCUGUCAUGGUUGUGAAAGUUGGGUUCAUGCAGAAUGCGAUGAAAACUGCAGCGACCUCAAGGCACUAGGAGACAACAGUUAUCGCUGCGCUUACUGUAGAGUUAAACUGAAUUCAACUCUCCCUGGGAAGAAUACAAAAUUUUCUGAUCUCAAAAAAGAUAGUUGGGUGCAGAAAGGAAGCAAGCCUGACAAAGUUGCACUUGUCUGUUUUGACAUGGAAGGAACGUACCUACCAGAUCUCGAAUUAAUUUCUUGCCAUUGUGGCCCUUGCAAGGGACAGAAAUUUUUGUUCAAUGAAUGGGAGAGGCAUGCUGGCUGCAGAAGUAAAAAUUGGAGGUCCAGUAUUAAGCUUAAGGGCUCAUUGAUGCCGUUUGGAAAAUGGAUAGAUAAACAUCAGCCAGGCGUGUGUCCCACAAAUCCUUCAAAACGCUCAUAUCAGAAAAUGAAGAAACAGAAGUUAAUUGAUUUACUAAAUGACCCAUAUGAUCCUGUAAAUGUAAAAUGGACAACAGAAAGAUGUGCGGUCUGUAGAUGGGUUGAAGAUUGGGAUUACAACAAAAUUGUGAUUUGUAACAGAUGUCAAAUAGCAGUUCAUCAAGAAUGUUAUGGUGUGAGUGGUAAGCAAGACUUUACCUCAUGGGUUUGUCGGGCUUGUGAAAAACCGGAACAAAAGAGGGAAUGCUGUCUUUGCCCUGUAAGAGGUGGUGCUUUGAAGCCAACAAAUGUUGAUAAUUUGUGGGUCCAUGUGACAUGUGCAUGGUUUCAGCCACAAGUUGCUUUUGCUAGUGAUGAGCUCAUGGAACCUGCUAUUGGGAUAUUGAACAUUCAACCUUUGCUUUUUAUGAAGAUGUGUGUGAUCUGUAGGCAAAUACAUGGUUCAUGCACUCAGUGCUACAGGUGCUCUACGUACUACCAUGCCAUUUGUGCAUCAAGGGCAGGCUAUCAAAUGGAGCUGCACUGCUUGGAAAAAAAUGGCAAACAGUCGACAAAGAAGAUUUCUUACUGUGCUAAUCAUCGGAGCCCUAACCCUGAUAAUGUUUUAAUAAUUCAAACUCCUGCUGGAACUUUCUCAUCAAAGAAGCUUGUUCAAAAUAAUGGCAAAGUUGCUGCAUCGAGACUGAUUAGGAAAGACGUCCCCAUGGAUUCACCAUCGGAAGUUGAAAUUUCAGAUAACUUAUCAGCUGCAAGAUGUCGGGUUUAUGUCAGGAAAGAUUUAAAGCGAUCUAGAGAGGGAGCAAUUGCACAUCGUGUGAGGGGACCUUGUCAACACCGUUGGGAUGAAAUUGAUAAUCUGAAUCCACCAAGGGAAGAGAGGGACCCAGAAUCCUUUUCUACUUUUAAGGAGCGUCUGCGCUAUUUACAGAAAACAGAGCAUAGUAGAGUAUGCUUUGGUAGAUCAGGAAUUCAUAGAUGGGGACUUUUUGCUCGUAGAGACAUUCAAGAAGGAGAAAUGGUCCUUGAGUAUCGUGGUGAGCAGGUAAGACGAAGUGUUGCUGAUUUACGGGAAGAAAAAUAUCGUGUGCAAGGCAAAGAUUGCUAUCUUUUCAAAAUCAGUGAGGAAGUUGUUGUUGAUGCCACAGACAAGGGAAAUGUGGCACGCCUAAUCAAUCAUUCUUGCACACCAAACUGUUAUGCAAGGAUUAUGAGUGUUGGGCAUGAUGAAAGUCGUAUUGUUCUAAUAGCCAAGAGAAAUGUUUGUGCCGGUGAUGAGCUAACGUAUGACUACCUGUUUGAUCCUGAUGAGGCUGAUGAUCGCAAAGUGCCUUGCCUCUGCCAGACUACUAACUGCCGGAAAUUCAUGAAUUAGUUUACUGUAGAUGUCAACGAACCACUCACAUAGUAUUUUUUUUUAUGUCUGCCCCCCGCCCCUACCUCAUAGCUCAUUUUUGGUACAUGUUGAUCUCCCCCCAAUUUUUUUACAUUAAUUGUUAGAAUAAGUUAGUUAGAGCUCAAAAGCCUGAGCUUCCAUUCCUGUAAAUAGCACAGAUGUAUUCACGGCCAGUUCAUUUUUUUCUAAUAAAAAUUUUGCACCAUGUUGAGCUCAAAA